AUGGCUGUCCGUGCUCAAUUUGAGAACUCCAACGAGAUUGGUGUUUACUCACGGCUUACCAACUCAUACGCCCUCGUGGCCGUCGGUGCUUCGGAAAACUUCUACAGUGUAUUCGAAGCCGAACUUCAAGACGUCAUCCCCAUCUGCCAUGCCACAAUCGCAGGAACGGGCAUCAUCGGUCGUUUAACCGCAGGAAACCGCAAGGGUCUCCUCGUCCCUCAGACAACAACAGACCAAGAACUACAACAUCUGCGAAACACUCUCCCAGAUGCAGUCAAAGUCCAACGUAUAGAAGAGCGUCUCUCUGCGCUCGGAAACGUCAUUUGUUGUAACGACCAUGUAGCCCUCAUUCAUCCCGAUUUGGAGCGUGAGACGGAAGAAAUCAUCGCCGACACCCUAGGUGUCGAAGUAUUCCGUCAAACAAUUGCCGACAACGUCCUAACAGGCUCCUACAUGGCUCUCUCAAACCAGGGUGGUAUCGUUCACCCCAAGACCUCGGUCCGCGAUCAGGAUGAACUCUCCUCCCUCCUCCAGGUCCCCCUCGUCGCUGGCUCCGUGAAUCGCGGUAGCCCCGUCGUUGGCGCGGGCUUGGUCGUCAACGACUGGCUUGCCGUAACGGGUCUGGACACAACUGCUACAGAGCUGAGCGUUAUCGAGAGUGUAUUUAGGCUUGGAGAGAACGGACCGGGUGGUAUCGGGCAGGGAGCUGCGAAUAAGGAAAGUAUUGUGGAAAGUUUCUAUUAA